AUGGACAAGAACGAAGUUGAACAUCUCGAGAACGCACAGCGUGAUCCGGUUGCGGAUUACUUGAAGAACCCUGCUAUCUACAGGGCCGAGAAGGCGCUCCUUCGCAAGAUCGACAGGUGGAUCAUCCCUUUCCUCGGGAUGUCAUACGCCUGGCAGUACGUCGACAAAACCACUCUCUCAUAUGCCGCUUUGUUCGGGAUCAGGGAGGACACCCACCUCAAGGGCACCGAAUACUCUUGGCUCUCCGCCCUCUUCUACUUCGGUUACAUGUUCGCCGAAUACCCCACAAACUACUUCCUGCAACGUUUCCCCGUCGGCAAAUAUCUCGGCGUAAAUGUCGUCUUGUGGGGCGGUACCCUCAUGUGUCUCGCUGCUUGCCACAACUUCAUCACCCUAGCCGUCGUCAGAGUCAUCCUCGGUGCCUUCGAAGCAUGUGCUACCCCGAGUUUCAUGCUUUUGACCGGGAUGUUCUACCGCAGACGUGAACAGCCCGUGAGAAUUGGCUUGUGGUAUACAUGUAAUGGAGUCGCGAUUGCGUUCGGUGGGUUGUUUGCGUACGCGAUUGGGCAUAUUCAUGGGAGUUUGGCGUCGUGGAGGUACCUGUUCUUGAUCAUUGGCGGGAUCACUGUGCUUUGGGGCAUUAUCCUGAUCUUGUUCCUUGCGGAUUCGCCGAUGAAGGCAAAGUGGUUGACGCCGGAGGAGAGGGCGUUGGCUGUAGCUCGCCUCGCCGAGGAGAACCUGGGAGUGGAGAACAAAGAGUUCAAAAUGUACCAACUCAAGGAAGCUAUCACUGACCCCAAAACCUACCUCUUCUUCCUCUUCGCCCUCUCCUCCAACAUCCCCAACGGCGGUCUCUCAAACUUCGGCAGUCUCAUCAUCAAGGGAUUCGGAUACUCCACCCUCGUCACCACUCUCCUCCAGAUCCCGUACGGUACAGGUAUCGCUCUCGCCAUCGUGUCCUGCGUGUACAUCAACGAUAGGUUGUUGCCGCCCAACUCGAGAUGUUGGAUUAUGGUCGCGUAUCUGAUCCCAAACGUGGCGGGGAGUUUGGGGUUGUAUUUGAUUCCGCAGGAGCAUAAGGUUCCUCUGCUUAUUUGCUACUACUUAACCGGCUUUUACAACGCAACCUUCGUUGUCGGCCUCUCCUUCAUCACCGGUAACGUUGCCGGCCACACCAAGAAAGUCAUCGUUCAAGCCUUUCUCUUCGUCGGCUACUCCGUUGGUAACAUCGCCGGUCCGUUCUUCUACAAGACUUCGCAAGCACCAAAGUACACCAUGGGUAUCAUCUCCAUGCUGGUGUCGUACUGCUUGGAAAUUGUGGUCAUCUUGUGUUUGAGGUUCGUUUUUGGAAGGGAAAAUGCGAAGAAGGAUAGGGCUAUGAGGCACUUUGAGCCUGGAACUAAGGAGGCGAUCGAACAGGAGGAGGACCGGGCGAGGAUGGUGUUAAACGACGAGACGGAUCUGAAGAACCCGUACUUUAGGUACGUUAUGUAAGACGGUGCGGUAUCAGUAGCCAGU